AGUGUAUUGUGGGACGACGUGGUUGCAUACAAAGAAAAAUCUGUUCCAUUAGGGCCAUCGUGCCAGCCAACAACCCAAACGAGCAGACUAUAAAGCAAAAAUCAAGACCUAGUAGUCGGUCGCGGAGGAGGAAUUUACGAUAAGAAACACACGUCCGAGGCACGGGUCAGACAGGGGUUUGGGUGUUUUUCCGCUUGGGCUGAACGCGGACGACGGAAAAGACAACACACAGGCCACAUCCACAAGUAUGAUACCAUUGUGGCAGGGAGGGAACGCAAAGAUGUGAUUUUGCAGAAAAAAAGUGCAAAGCGUGUGAUUCCGUGUUUGUCAAUCGAUAGUAAUUAUAAAAAAAAAAGUUUGAAGUUGGCCGAAGAUAGCAAGAACUGCGAGGAUUUUUGGACGAUGAGAAUAAUUAUUGAUGGAUUUCAACCUAAGCCCUAACCCAAGAGUGCCCGUUAACCAGGCGCUAGUGAAACAUGUUUUGUAAGAGCUACCUUUCUACCCAUUAGCAAUUAGCCACUGGUCCAACAAAAGGCAUCACUUUGUUCCGCUGACUGAAGUGCGUAGAAGCAUUGUGUCUUGUUGAUCGAGACUUCAAGUGCAGACACAGUAGUGGCGGGAGCUUUUUGUUAGUAUUUUGUUUUUAUUUUUCCAAUUCGGAAACGGAUUUGCCCCGCCUAGAGCUGAACCUGGAGUUUUGUUUAAUUCCGAACUCGGAUAAGAAGUGUGAACGCGGAUUUCUGCUGGGUUAAAUCCCUGCACUAAUUUAAAAAAAAAACUCUUGAAACACGACCACAUCAAAGCGUAAGGAUCAGCAUGGCGACCAGUCCAAGAGCCGGAGGUGGCGCUGCUCAACGUCCGAACGGUGCCACCCAAAACAAAAUCUGCCAGUUCAAGUUGGUCCUGCUGGGUGAGUCGGCUGUCGGAAAAUCGUCACUGGUGUUACGCUUCGUCAAAGGUCAGUUCCAUGAGUACCAGGAAAGUACGAUCGGAGCCGCUUUUCUUACCCAGACGGUAUGCAUAGAUGACACGACGGUAAAAUUCGAGAUCUGGGAUACCGCCGGACAGGAACGGUACCACAGUCUCGCCCCAAUGUACUACAGAGGUGCUCAGGCAGCUAUCGUUGUCUACGAUAUUCAAAACCAGGAUAGCUUUUCACGUGCAAAAACGUGGGUCAAAGAGCUACAACGACAGGCAUCGCCAAACAUUGUGAUUGCGCUGGCCGGAAACAAAGCCGAUCUCGCCAACAGUCGCGUGGUCGACUACGAGGAGGCUAAGCAAUAUGCGGACGAAAACGGACUACUGUUUAUGGAGACGUCGGCCAAAACUGCCGUGAACGUGAACGACAUCUUUCUUGCAAUAGCUAAGAAAUUGCCUAAGAACGAAGGCACGGGACCUCAACAGAAUAUAAGACCUACCCAGAACGAACAGAGCCGACAGAACGGCGGUUGCUGCAAGUGAUGUUCUUCAGCUGCAACCGUCUUGUUAAGUGUAACAAAAAACAACAAGGAAUGUUUCGUUGGAGAAAUUGUCGUUACGAUAAUGAUAGUAGGAAGUAAGACCGAUUCCAACCUAGUUAUGAUGUAAUACCCAAGAACAACAGUAAACGAAAAAAGGAAGCUAACCAAUAGAAAAAAAAAUCAGACUUUAAAGAAAUAGUGAAGGAAAAAUAAAAGCAUCUUUACACAGAUACACACAAACGUAAAAUAUUCCACGCAAAUAAAAAGGAUGAUACACUUGCAGAUCCCAAUUCUACAACAUUUCGAAACACUAUAAGCAUAUGAAAGCAACCGGUAAUGAAGGUUCUACUACAACAGUUACAACCAAAUACACAUUCUCACCUCUGUAAUUAAAAUGCUUUAACAUUGGCAAAUAGAUCAGGAGAAAUUUGUUGACGCAGGAGAUAUCCUAUACGGGGUGCGAUGGUUUGCAAUGAAAGAUUCGAUCAAGCACCUGAAAGUACCGUCGUCGUAUUACCAAGCAUAAGCUUUGCGAGGUAUCUAAAUUUGAAAUGCUAAUAAACAGCAAUGCCUGCGCUGAGUUUUUUUCUUAUGUAAGAAAAUUACAGUGAGUGAACAAUUUUUUUUGAGUUUUUCCGCCAUUAAAUUUGUAUUUGACUUGUUUAUUCCGCAAAAAAAAUCAGUGUCCAAGAUCCUUUCCAUCGCCGCCCGCCCCACAAAUGAAACAGGAUAUUAGUCCUUUCGCCGUUUACUUUUCCCUCUUAACUGGUAAUCUAAUCUUUGUAGGAAUGUAUUUAUUGCUAAUCUAAACGAAACAAAACACACACACUCUAAAUAUAUAUUGAACAUAUAUUUAAUGAAUACAAUAUCCAAAAUUACAACCCAACAUUGUAGAGCGUAAAAAUGAGAAAGCAGGAAAGAAACUCCCUUCUGGGAAGAAGGGCGUUUACGCGCCGCAGUAUCACGCGUUUGCGCGUAAUCUAUAUUAGAAAAUUUUGAAGUGAAGGCCAAGCAAAAGAGCAAAGGGGAAAAAGAUUUGAAAUCGAACACUUUUAGUGUGAUUUAAAUAGAAAACAAACCUUAUAUGCGAACAUAGUAGAUUUAUUGAGAUUGUAUCAAAAGUGGACGUAAAAAAUGUUGCCCCAUCGUUGUCAAUAUUAUCUAAUUCUUUGUUUCUUUUCGAUGAAUCGUUUAUCUAUGUGGCAUCCUAAGAAUGCAACGGAUGGGAUAUGUUAAAAUGUUCGAGGUACAUGUUAUUGGCUCGUCGUGGAGCUCCUGUAUGCGAAAAGCGAUUUUGUUGAAAUUUUACUUCGCGGAACAGCAGUACACGCGGCAUUUAAGAAACCCUUAGCAUUCGAAGCAUUAACCGUGUACCCAUUUGGUCCAAUUGUUUUUUUUAAGGAAAACAUCCAGCACUAAGAGCAAAUGAAUUCGUAUAAAAAUAACAAUCGGUGUGAUGUUUCGAGUAUAACUAAGUUGAAGAGUGAUUUAUUUGCCAAUCAAUAUUUUUCAGUAGGUAACCAGCUCACUGGAAAUUGAAGAAACGGUGAUGUAUGAUCAAAUAUUUAUAGUGUAUAAAGUCAGCAACAAAUCCUUUCACCCAUUUUUAUCGGUAAUCGGUCCGACCUUCUCAAGAUGCAAUUUAUAUAUUUUUUUGUUCAUUUCCAAGUCAUCCAGAACUUUAUGAUAAGGCAAAUCAAACACACAUGUAGCAUACUUUUUCUGCUGUAGUAAUUCUCCAGAUAAAUAAAAAAUACACACUCACACCCUCAGAAACAUGAAAAUAAUAAAAUCGAUUUAAAACCAAUGUUUGAGCUAAUCGACAUUCCUUUUUCUUAAUUCGAAUUGGUGAGAGUUACGGAGUUGGUAGUUUAUAUUGAAAAAGAAAAAAAAACAACAAAAUUCGACGAACAAACUGCAGUUAAAUGGCUGUAAAAUUACACAAAAAAGGAAACACAUAUACCGAAACAGAACCAGGAGGACUUAUGGAACAGAACCCAGAAGGUGAAAACUAAACUGACACAUACAACAACAAGCAAAACAAACAAACAAACACAACACUACACAGAUUUGGUGAUUAUUAUUAUUAUUAUUAUAUGAUUGAUUGAAUGAGGAUGAAACCACUCGAGAUUGAACGAAUGGUCGAAAUAAAAAAAAUAAAUGAAAAUUACAGAAAGGUAAAUGAAAAUUGUAAAACAA